AUGCAGAUAAAAGGAAAGUGGAAUCCUCUUAACUCUCACUCCACACCAUACCACCCUCUUAACUCUCACUCCACACCAUACCACCCUCUUAACUCUCACUCCANCUCCACACCAUACCACCCUCUUAACUCUCACUCCACACCAUACUACCCUUUUAACUCUCACUCCAUACCAUACCACCCUCUUAACUCUCACUCCACACCAUACCAUCCUCUUAACUCUCACUCUCACUCAUUGUAACAUUUAUAAAACUUUUAUUCAGUUUAUUUGGUUGGCUUAUUUCAUCUCAUUAGGUUCUUUUUUUUCAUUCAUCAAUCUUGACAACGUUAUCUUUGUUUCUGUCAGUUUUGAGAGUAUAUUCUUGGUCAUCAUCUGGUUGGACCAAAGAGUUGCUUUCAUAGAACUAUCCCUAUUUUCCAUGGCACUAGCUUUAUUUUUAAACUA